AGAGUCAUACCUUGGUGCCCUCUGACUCAACAUCUGCUCCUCCUCUAACGGAGAAAGUGAGCUCGAAAAAUUUAGAGAAAAAAGUCAUGGAGUGUGAGAACCUUCACAAAAUGAGUAUCAUGGAAAAGGAAUAGUGGAAAGCUUUUGAAAUUGGCCUCCUUCAACAAUCUGAAACUUUUUCAACCGGCUAUGAUCACUAAUAUGGAGGAAAUGGCUGCAAAUUGUCAAGGAAAGAACCCAACUAAUCCUAUGAUUAAAGAUCCAGGAUCAUCAGAAAACGGUGAGGGUAACUCUAAGGAGCUCAGUUUAAGCUUGACCAAUGGGAAGCUACACUCUACUUGAUUUGCGUCUUUGAGUCAUCAACAAUUCGUGCGUAUGAGAAUGUUAGGAAAGGAGUUACAACCAUGGAUUUUUACUAGAGUGUAUGGAAGUGAUCUCUAGAGACUACAUAGAAAAGAACCCUGGAAGAAUCUGGGGGAGCUAAUUUCGCAGAAUAGUCUCCCUUGGUGCCUGGUUGGGGAUUUCAAUGCGCUGAUGCAUAAUUUUAAAAGACAAUGAGGAGCAACUACUCAAUUUAAUGGUGCGUGUGUUGAGUUUCAGGAGUGUGUUUUUGAUUGUGGACUUUUAGACUUAGGAUACUCAGGAUAUCCCUUUACCCGGAAGAGAGAAAAUUUGGUGGAAAGAUUAGAUCGUGAUCCGAGCAACAUGGAUUGGCAUAUCAGAUUUCCGAAAGCUAGGAUAAAGCACUUACCUAUGUUAAAAUAUGAUCAUGCUCCUUUCUAUCUUCAACUCUUUACUGCUCCCUCACCUAACAGUAGGCGAAGAUCAUUAAGAUUUUUAGCAUCUUGAUUAUCUCUUCCGUACUUUAAUAAUAUAGUUUCUAACCAUUGGAGAAUGGAAAAUAAUUAGUUCCGAAGUGUUGCAAACUUUUAAGAUUCUCUUAGAGUAUGAAAUUCUACAGUCUAUGGGAAUAUUUUAAGAAGGGAAAGCAGGAAUCUAAGAAGAUUGAAUGGCAUUAUGAAUAACUUGAGUGUGAAUCACAACCCUUAUCUAGAAGAUCUCAAAGUUACUCUUUGGAAAUAAUAUGAAGAGCUCCUUUCCCAAGAAGAAAUGUUAUAGUUUCAAAAGUCUAGAUGCAAAUGGAUAGAGUACAAUGACAGAAAUACUAAAUAUUUUCAUGGUACCACUAUGGCCAGAAGAAGGAGGAACAAUAUUACUUCUUUGCAAGAUGAGGGGGUAAUUAGAUACAUGAAAGGGUCCAGAUUCUGUUGCUUGGGCGCUAAUAUUUGAUGGGACGUUUAGCCUCAAAUCAACCUACAACUUUUUCAAUAAAAUUAUCCUAGAUUCAUAUCAGACUUUCAAGGUAGUUUGGAAAUGGUGCAGUCUGGAAAGAAUUCGUUCCUUCUUGUGGCUAGUUGCUAACAAUGUAAUCCUAACGAAUGUGGAAAGAAAGAAAAGACACUUAGCAACGAAUGCCAACUACCCCAGAUGUAACCGUUAAGAAGAGAACUCUUUACAUGUUCUCAGAUAUUGUUUCUAUGCCAAAUCUGUGUGGAGUUUCUUGAAACCUCAUGAGGUUGUGUUCGAAUUCUUUAACCUCAGCCUCAAGAAUUUGUUCACUCGGAAUGUAUCAGCAAGAAGUGACUAGGCUUGUAAGUUUUGAGUUACUAUCUAUUCUCUUUGGUUCUGUUGUAACUCUUUUAUCUUCGAAGGAAAAAGGGUGAAGCCGACUGUUGCGGCGAGUUCAAUUAGAGCACGGAGCGAUAAAAUUCUACGCACCAUGAAGUUUCGAUCCUCUUUGCAUCGUACCAGGAAGAAAUCAUUUGGGUUACAUCAUGUAGGUUGGAAGUAUAGCUUGAGAGAAGCUAAUACUGUCGCAGACUCUUUUGCUAAGAAAGGGAAGAAUCUUCUCAUGGGAACUCACAUUUUUGAAAGACCCCCGCCAGAUACUCUUCAGACUCUAUCAUCCGAAGACGCAGCAGUAAAGACCGUUAUGGGAGGCGGCGGGAGAGGAGGCAGGUCUCGCACUCAGAGAAAACACUUCCGUCAGAGCCGAGACAAUGUCUGGAAGCGUUCCAAGUCCGAUCCAAACGCCAACAGCAGCGCUCCCUCCAACGACCCUAACGAUCCCAAUCCCAAUCCCAAUCCUACGUGGACUCCUUUCGCCACUGAAAACGCGUCCUUCGAUGCCUACUACAAGGGCCAAUGCAUAGUCGAAACCACCGAGUGGGAUCAGUUCGUCUCUGUUCUUAGAACUCCCUUGCCCGCUACCUUCCGAAUCAAUUCCAGUAGCCAGUUCGCCGACGACAUUCGCUCGCAACUCGAGAAUGACUUCGUCCAUUCUCUUCGCGAUGAGGUUGCCGAAGGGGUUGAGAGUGAGACUGAGGCUAUUAGACCUUUGCCUUGGUAUCCUGGAAACUUUGCUUGGCAUUCCAAUUUUUCUAGGAUGCAGCUCAGGAAGAAUCAAACACUUGAGCGCUUCCACGAAUUUUUAAAGCUAGAAAAUGAAAUUGGAAACAUUACAAGACAAGAAGCUGUUAGUAUGGUGCCUCCCCUCUUCUUGGAUGUGCACCCUGAUCAUUUUGUUCUUGACAUGUGUGCUGCACCAGGUUCGAAAACUUUCCAAUUGCUCGAGAUUAUUCAUCAGUCAACUAAAGUAGGAUCACUACCUGCCGGAGUGGUUAUAGCAAAUGAUCUUGAUGUCCAAAGAUGUAAUCUUCUCAUACACCAAACGAAACGAAUGUGCACAGCCAACCUUAUUGUCACUAAUCAUGAAGCCCAGAACUUUCCAGGAUGCCGUUUAAAUAGAAACCAUGAAGUGAUGGAGCCAGAUCAGCAUAUAGGCCAAUUGUUGUUUGAUCGUGUUCUGUGUGAUGUCCCAUGCAGUGGGGAUGGAACCCUUCGUAAAGGGCUUCACCCCCUACAAGUUAUAAUUGCUAUGCGAGGUUUAUCUUUGCUUAAAGUUGGUGGUAGAAUGGUUUAUUCAACUUGCUCAAUGAAUCCUAUUGAGAAUGAAGCUGUGGUUGCAGAGGUCUUGCGGAGAUGUGGUGGGUCUGUUAAACUUGUUGAUGUAUCUAGUGAGGUUCCCAAACUUAUUUGUCGCCCUGGUCUCAAGACAUGGAAGGUAUAUGAUAAGGGCACUUGGUUGGCGUCUUACAAAGAUGUCCCUAAAUAUCGUAGGAGUAUAGCGCUUGCUAGUAUGUUUCCUUCUGGCAGCAGCUUUCAUGAAUCUGUUGACAGUGAUUGUAAUGUUGAAAUGGGAUAUGAUGUUACUGAUGGUGUUGGUGAAAAUUCUGAAGAUGGUGUUCAAGAAAUGGUUAAUACUGUGGUGCCUGAUUCUGCUGAGGUUUCUGAUUUCCCUCUAGAGCAUUGUAUGAGGAUAGUUCCUCAUGAUCAGAACACUGGAGCCUUCUUCAUUGCUGUACUGCAAAAAGUUUCUCCUUUGCCAGCGAUUCCGGAGAAAUCCAAAAAACGAAUUGGUAAGCCAUGUGCGGAACCAUCAAACACUCUUGAGGGUGAACGACUGUUGCAGGUUGAUUCCUUAGAAAGUGCACAAGCUGUCCUUGAAACAGUUCCAGAAGAAAACGUAAAUGGCCAUGAACCCCCUGCAAUAGAUGUGGAAGUUAGCCCUGUUACAUGUGAAGAAAAGAAUUCCAAGGAAACACAGGAAGCCCAUAAUGUAGAGAACAUGACCAAGGUUCCUGGAAAAAGGAAGCUACAAAUUCAAGGAAAAUGGAGAGGUGUUGAUCCUGUUGUCUUUUUCAAAAGUGAAGCAAUUGUUAAUAAUAUAAAGGAUUUUUAUGGGAUCGAUGAGCAUUUUCCAUUUGAUGGUCAUCUUGUUACAAGAAAUGAAGAUGCAAGUCACGUGAAAAGAAUUUACUAUGUCUCCAAGUCAGUCAAGGAUGUUCUUGAGUUGAACUACUCAGUUGGGCAGCAGCUUAAAAUAACUUCUGUCGGUCUGAAGAUGUUUGAAAGACAAUCAGCACGACAAGGUAGCUCUGCACCAUGUUCUUUCCGGAUAUCAUCUGAAGGAUUGCCUCUUAUUCUCCCACACAUAACAAAACAGAUUCUGCGUGCAUCUCCUGUAGACUUCAAGCAUCUUCUUGAGAAUAAAGAUGUAAAAUUUGAAGAUUUUGCUGAUGCUGAGUUUGGUAAAAAGGCUGCAAGCCUAAUGCCAGGUUGUUGUGUACUAAUUUUGGGUAAAGGGAACGAGGUUGGCACAGAGCCCAUCCAAGUGGAUGACUCAACAAUUGCAAUUGGAUGCUGGAAGGGUAGGUCAAGAUUGAAUGUGAUGGUUACCGCAAUGGACUGCCAAGAACUGCUUGAAAGGCUUGUAAUACGACUAGGCUCAGAAAAUGGCUCGUCAGUGCAUGUGGUCAAAUCUUCCAUUGAUGUGGAAGGUAUAGUAAGUAGUACAGGAGUUGAACGGUAAGAUUGAUGGUGAUGCUAUUCCUGUUAAAGUUACUGAGGGUUAAAAGUGACAGGUUGACGGAUAUUUAUUACUAGGUUCGAACAGCAUUUAUGGGAAAUCGUGAUUUUUUUCCCAUCAUCCACAAAACGUGAAAGAUGAUUUAGCUGUUUAUUUUAGUUAGCCUUUGUACUUUCAUACGAAUCCACAAACUUCAAUUCACAUUUGUAUUGGUAUAAUCUAUAGCUUUUAAGGAUUACAGUUAUAGGAAACUUUGUUGUUAACGCAUCGAGAUUAUUGGUUAGAUCGAGAUCUCUCCCAUUUUUUUUCUCUCAA